AGUACCAUUGCACACUACUAUCAGUAAGACCAUGUUUAUCCCAGAUCCUUAACUGGUUUCUUAAGGAAAAUAGGUGAUUUAAUUAAAUCAGAAUUAAUUAUAAAGUAGGUUACCGAUUCUUAAUUGGGGAUUUUGGGAACCGAUUCUUAAUUGGGGAUUUUGGGAACCGAUUUUAAUGGGGUUUCAUAAGCACGUAUCAGCAAAGAAAAGGCACCAGAUUUUUUUUUCUUUUAUUUUGUUUCCUUGUCUUCUCUCGGCUUCUCCAUCAGAGACGAUCGACGACUCUGUCAGUCACCGCGUCUCGUCUGUGUUCUCCGUCAGACCAGCACUCGAAACCCACCAUGGAGGACGACAGAGACUCUGUCGGCAAGUCACGCCGUCUCCUCCAUCUUCUCUCCGUGAGAAGAGCGAUCGAAACCCACGAGGGGCGACGACUCUCUCGGUCGUCGCGGCGGCUCCUCCGUGCUCUCUCGUCUUCUCCCUCAGAACAACGAUCGAAACCGAUAAAGGAAGCGACUCUGUCGGCAACUCACGGCGACUCCUCCGAUAUCUCGUGUUCACCGUCAGAAGAGCACAACAUGAUUUGGACGCUGAUUACCUUAAUGAGGACAACAAGGAACAUCUUUCUGCAUUGGCUUUGUCUCUACCAGACAUAAUGGUGACAUUAUAACUCUUUUGUAGUCAUGUUCUUUAAGUUAAUUGCGACAGGGAAGUGUGUUUUGAAUCUUUUGAUCAUCUUUUUCUUGUACCAUUAACUGAUGUUUGUAAACUCAACAGUUGGUAUCAAGUUCAGGAUGUACAACAAGUGAUCCAACAGUUAGUGUGUUUGAUAUUAGCCAACAUUUGGAGUUUUGACUUGUUUGUUACUCAACCUUCGUUUUAGAGUUUGUUUCCUAUCUGGGACUCUUGUCCAGUGUUGUCCAGCGUUUGGCUCGUUACAAGAUAUCAGUUUCUCUGCCUUAUCUCAAAAAGCUUGUCUCUUUACGAUGAUUCACUUACGGGUUUCCACACUCGUGUGGUUUUACGUAAUACCCAAUCCCAAAGUCCUUACCCUUCUCUUACAAUUCUUCUCACUUUGGUCUGAAACUCGACAAAGAUUUCACAUCGAAGCUCUUUACUUUGUUGACUUCUUUUCUUUCUUCUUCUCUGGUUUAUCUUCCACGGAAACAGAUCUUUCAUCUUUGCAGCAUCAAAUCGUGACUUCUUGUCAUUUUCUUCAGUUUUUUUUUGUAUUAGAGAUGGCUAUGCAAACUGUGAGAGAAAGUCUUCUCUCUGCUCCAGAGAUUCCUUGGUCGAAUGGCUUUGGAUCAUUUUGAAAGUGUGCAACCACAACUUCAAAGUUGAAACUGUCGGUGAGGUAAGUGUGGAAACCUUGAUAUCAUUUUAAUUCAUAUCGGCUGGAUAGUAGUUAGGUAAUAAAUACUUGUUAGGUUAUGGUUAGAGGAUGUGCUUGUGAUGAAUGCUUGUUAUAGUUUUACAUUAGAAAUGUGUCAUGUAAAAAACGAGUGUCUUUGGUCUAUCAUGUUAUGUUUUAACAUUCUCUGUUUCUUGUAUAUGUUUCAUUCUCUGUUUAAUUUUUUUUUUAAGAAACCCAAAAUUAAGAAACUAUCAUU